CCUAAAAAAGUAUUACAAAUGAGUCAAUUGUGUACUGCAAUGAAUUAUCACAAUAAUUUAAAAGUGAUUGAAAGUUCAAUUAAAAAAUUUAAAGACAAUAUUCAACUAUUACUAUCAUCAUCUGAUAAUUCUGAAAUAUUAACUGAUUCUGCACAAAUUGAUCAAGAUUAUACAAUUAUUACUAGUGAUUCUGAAGAUAAAGAGGUUCAAGACAAGAAAGAAAUAACAAUCUAUGAGUGCAGAAGA